UUGUGCUUAUGUUAUGCAUUUCGUGUGCGAGGCCCUUUAUUGAGUUUAUUUGGUUAUUAAGCUAACCUGAUUUUGAUCUAAUCCCACUGUAACAGAUAGAUAAAAGAUCAGCUGUAUUAGUUAUGAGUUAUUUUACAAGGAGCAAAUGGAUUCACAAGUAAAACCGAAUAGAUCUUUACCGCCAUUAGUCGAAGGCAAGAUUCACGGCAAUUUGAGUCUCGUUAUCGAUGAAGUUCUCUGGGUCAAAAGAAACCCUGGAGAUAUCACAGUAAUUGCUUCCUGGUGGGGCGAAUGUGAUUACACACAGUUCAGACCUAGAAACAAUGGAACGGAAAGAACGAAUGAGGAUACAACCAAAGUAUAUUCUAUAAAAACUAACUCAGCACUUUUUAAGAAUUAUAUUAAGAAUUGUGACGUGAUAGAACUGGUAAUCAUUGCGGAGAAUACCCUUGAAGUUAUUGGUAGAGGAUACAUAGAAGAAUUAUCCAAGAUAUUUUCAUGUAAAUAUUCUCAAUUUAUUCCGAUAUUAAAUAAUAGUGGCCAUAAAAUAGGAAAACUACGUGUUUCUUUGCAUUUAACAUUUUUGACAAAACUUUCAAAUUUACAAAUAAAAACAUGCACAUACAGUAAGAAAAAAGACAAAGACAUUUUGUUUGCUAUUGACAACUUACAAUGUGAUGAGAAAAUGGCAGUGAAAUUUGACAGCAAUACCGAAGAGAAUACUGAAGAGAAGAAAUCUCUAAAAUCUGAGAAAAUUGAUACAUAUAACAUGUAUAGAUCCGUUCUCAAAACCAAGCGAUCCGAGUUUCAGGAAUCUAGGAAAAAAUUGAAUGAAAUGGUGACUGACAAGUUGAUUGCUCAUAUUAUUGCUAAAGCGCAGCAUCUCAGAGAAACGAUAUUAAAGGAAACUCACAAAAAUGAUUCUUUAACUCUAAGUGAUAGUUUACUGAGCAAUAAAUAUUCUAAUGUUUCAUCAGAAGACAAACGAAAACUUUACAAGCCUUUAGGGAUAUCUUCUUUGGAGGAAAAGAAAGUUUUGAAUGUAUCGACGUUUCCAAGUUUGAGGUUAACGGAGCUGACAUCUAAAGCGCUUACAACUGAUAAAGAUGAUAAUAUAAGCACUAAAUGCGACAAAAAUUUUUCUGCGAAAUUAUACAGUUCUGAAAAAGAUGCGUUGACUAAACACACGACUUACACUGUGUCGAAAGGAACAUAUUUUUUAGACUAUGUAAAUAGUAUUAGAAUUUUUAUCGAAUCCUUUACAUUGACGCCUGCAGGAUAUAGACGCGCAAAAUCUACAUGUUUACAGUAUGGUAUGCCGUUAUCAUUGACAUAUUUUAUUCAAUAUAAUACAACAUUUGGAUCUGUGAAGCAGACAAAUACUAGUAAGGAAAUUAAAUCUAGUAAGGAAACUGAAUUUAUAAGAACGUGUACUAAAAAACAAAUGGGUCAAGUUGUUACCUUUAACUCUGAGGAUAUUUAUAAUAUAUCGAGACAUGAUCUAGAUACAAAUUUUACUUGGAAAUUUAAAGUUUUUGUCAAAUAUCACAACCAGAAGCUUCCAACCAGAUUAGGAUUUGGUUUUAUGAAUAGUAAUGAUAUUACAAAUGCCGCAAACUUUAGCAUCACUCAAUAUAUAAUUAUUGUUAAUAAAGGUAUAAAAAUAGGUGAAUUAAAAGUUACAACAGAAUUAGGUUGUGAUUUUAUUUAUUUUGGCAAAAAAUUUAUUGAUGCCGUAAUAUCUAAAAAAGAAAAUUUUCCUGUUUUGAAGAAGAAAUUCUUGACGAAUUCAAGUGGCAUUAAAUAUAAAAGUGCAACUGGAACUCAUUCCUCUAAGUCUAAUUGCAAAGUUUCACCUGUCUCUGCCGAGCGAAUUGAGUAUUUAACUAACAGCAGUAAUAAGGAUGUAAUUAUUACAAGAAAUAUAACUGAGCACCGAGAACAAAGUUUAGAUAAUAGAAAGGUUGAUACGUGCAAUCCAGAAAGUGGUACUAAAGAUAAGGUUUUGCUUCAUGGUUUGAUAUAUGUGGCCGAGGGUAAGGAUUUGCCAGAAUCUAAUACUUAUCUAAUAUGUAGAGCGUUUUGGCGAGAGGAUAAAACGACAAGUCAAAUUUGCAAUAAUACGAGAAAUCCGUUAUAUCAUUUUUUUCAGUUGGUACCUUUAAUUCAUGGCGCAGAACUAUUGGAGAGAAUCAGAGAUAAUUAUAUAAUUAUAGAGGUAUAUAAUCGGCAAAAUAGUGGAACAGAUAAUUUGUUAGGAAUAGCAAAACUACCUGUGCACCAAUUAUACGUCACGUAUAGAGAUCCACUUGUUUUACCUCAUUUAUUGUUAUCGAAGCAUCCUGUAAUAAGUGUAGACGAUUGGGUCAACAUUAACGAUCCAAUAAGCGGAAAAUUUUGCGGAAAACUGCUUGCACUAGUCGCACUUGGUACUGUGGAGCAAAUUGCACUAUUAGAAGUAUCAAGAGGUCUGAAAAAUACUAAUAAUGCAUCACGAACAGAUUACAAUUGUCACUGCUAUGUUUCUAACAAUAUUAGCAAUACAAUCGACGGCCAAGAAAAUUUACAGAGAGUUUAUAAUGUUCCUGAAGUAUCGAACAUCAGUCAAACCUCAGAGCAAUUUACUGGCAAUAAUUUCGCUAAUCACGUUUGGUACAGUACGCUUGAUCGAAGUUCAACUAAUUUUGUCGAUUAUAAGACUCAGGAAAGUCAAACAGAUAUUUCUAGUUUAAAAAAUGUGGAAUCAAUGCCAAAGAAACCGAUGCAGGAAGCUGUAGCAUCGGAACACUUGGCUUUACGCACCCUUGUCAAUCAUUUGACGAAUGUACUACAUACUAAUCAAAUUAAUACAAACCAGUCAGCUCAAACGGAAAUAAAUCAAGUGAAUGAUGGGGAAAUACAUAGAGAAUUAUGCUUGAAUACACUGAAUAGUAAUAGUGUUACCGAUGACAGCGAUAGCUGCAAUCUGAAAAACCGAUUAUCUACGGAAAUGUACAGGAGCGUCGGUGUCGGUGCUGAAUAUGACGAGGACUUGGAUCAGCAACAAAACAACGCUUAUCUUUUAAACUCACCUUUAACGGUACGACAUGCACAAGAAAUAGAAUCAAAUAUUAAUUGCAAUGAUUCUUUUUUCCGAUCGAUCAUUGAAAUCGAAUGUGCGCUGCAUUUGCCAAAAAUUGAAAGACUGAACGAAUCAAUGGAACCAAGUACAUACGUAACUUUUCAGGAUUUAACUCAUAAAUUUGAUUGUAUGGAUCAAUUAAAUUCACAUGUGGUUACAAAUGUUUUUCCAUACAGUUGCAAUCCGAAAUGGAAUUGGAGAGGCGAUGCAAAGUUAUCUACAGAGUUACUUUCAAACAAUCAAAAAAGAUUAAUUCUCAAAGUAUGGCAUUUGAUUGAUCCAAAUGUGUCUAAAGACAUAAAUUUAAGAAGAGACAUUGUGAUCGGGUUUUCUGCUAUUGAUCUCUCAGUUCUAAUGGCUGGAUUUCCUACAGUAUCUGGAUGGUUUCAUAUUAUGGAUUUUACUGGAAAAUGCAAUGGACAAAUUAAAAUAAAUGUAACACCUCUGGAUAAUUUAACAUCAUUAGGAAAAUUUGCGCCAACUAACACUACUAAUUUAUUUAAGUGCAGUAAUUUAUCACAGACAGAUCGGUCACAUCUGUAUAAUGUAUCUCGCAUUAAUACAGAAUUAAACGAUGCAUAUGAAAUAUCACGUACAAACCAAAAUAAUGUCAAAUAUGUACAAAAUGAUUGUAAAUUAAAUACGGAUCAUAAUUUAGAAGACGUUUCUAUAUAUUUCUUGUCAUCAUCUUUGAAGCAAAAAUUAACUGAAUUGGACGAAAUCACGAAACGUUUGCAAUCACGUCUACGUGAUGUAACAAAUACGGCUUUUGAAGAUGAAUUUGAUUUUGACAUAAUCGAAUUAAACAGUGAAAAUAUUAACAACAGAAACGAGGUCAAAACUGUACAGUGCACAGUUUCUGAACAUUCUAAUAACGAAAUAUCCCAAAUGCCGAAACAGUGUGAAAUACAAAACGAUAUCAUAAAUGAUAUCGAAAGGCAAACCUCGUCUGUUACAAGCAGCAAUUGCAAUCUACAUUGCGAACCAGCAUUUAAUGAAAGUAGAGUUAUAAGUUCCGAAGCAACUGAUACCGGACAUUGUUCAAGCGUCAAUACACAUUUCAAGCGACAUCCCGGUUAUUAUCACAAUCAGUAUCAAAAUAGAUACAGUUUGACUCACAAUUAUUUGUCAGAUAACAAUACGGAAUAUCCCGUACGAGGUUCUAAGACCCAUAUAAGCCAUUUGCUCGACAAACUUUCCUUGGAUUUGCCAUUCAGGUCAUCCUCAGAACCGAUAAAAAAAAAUAUCCUAGAGUUAUUCGCGAGUCUACGGGAACAUAGAAAUAACUCGCAAGACAAGGAUAAAAGUAAUCGUGAUGUUAACACCUGCACGGCGCUCACUCAAAUUGAUAAUGAAUAUGCUCAUUCACAUACAACGAAUGUUAUUACUUCUAAAACGACCGUUGAGGAGAGCUUUUCUGUCGAAUUGCCUUGCAAUAGAAUAUCGACGAUGAUACGCGAGCUAGUUGCAGAAGAGAAUAACGACAGUAUGGAUUAUGAUGAAUUGACAACUUAUUUGAUAGCUUCUAACGUUCGUCAUAUGGAUCUGGAUAGUAUAUUUAAUCCGCUUCUGUAUCAGCACUUAAUGCCGGAUCUACAAGUUUUAACGUUGCCGGAAGGGGAAGCUGUAGAGCAAUUGGAUAAUCGAUAUGCGAAAAGUUUCUUCGACGUAGCGAUGCAUAACAAUAUUGAUCACUUGAAAAAGAAUGGAACUUUAUUUCGAAAUAAUGGGCAACCAAAAGAUCGAGCGACUGUUUCAGAAUUUGAUGAGCGAAAGGAAUUUUUUGAAACUUUAACACCUGAUGUCUCAGGAAAUAUCGACAGUAGUACCGACAUGACUGUCAUUUGUAAAUUUAAUGAAAAUGAUUUAAUAUCAGACAACACGAAACAUACGGAAUCGACCGCUGUUAUGUUACUCGACAAGUUAUACACACAAGAAACCGAGAUAGAUACAAAAGAUUAUUGCUCCAUCAUAUCUAAAUUAUCUGUUCCUGAAGCGUCGAGACAAGCGCCUGAGGGUGGAAAUCCCGUAGAAGAAAUCAAGUCGGUAACAACAAAAUGGCAAGAUGAUAAAGAUGGACCGUCAAACAACUAAAUAUUCUUGAAUAUUAAGGAGAUUUGUAAUAAAUUAGAUUAGAAUAUUAGAGAAAUUAUAUAUUUGUAAAUGCAUUUUUUAAUAAUAUAAUAUAGUUAUGCGUU